AUGCGCCCUUGGCUGUGCUGCCUCCUGAUGGCCCUGCCCUUUGCACCUGCAGUAACUGGCCCAUUGGCUGUAGUGACUGGCGCCAACAAGGGGGUGGGCUUCCAUGUGGCUCGACAGCUUCAGGAGGCCGGACUGCGGGUGAUCAUUGCCUGCCGCAACGAGCUUUUGGCAAAACAGGCAGCUGCCACAUUGGGCUGUGAAUAUGAAAUCUUGGAUUUGGCAUCAGAUGCUUCAAUCGAUGCCUUUGCCAAGCAGAUGGAGACGAAGUAUGCGCAACUGGAUGUGCUGGUGAACAACGCCGCCAUCGCCUUUAAGGCCGCGGAUCCCACGCCCUUCAAGGAUCAGACCGUGCCAACGUUGGCGAUCAACUUCUUCGCCACCAUGCGCCUCACGGACCGGCUCCUACCUUUGCUUCGUGCUUCUGCCAUGAAAGGCGGCCGCCCGAAGAUUGUGAAUGUGGCCUCCAUGGCCGGAAAACUACGGCAACUGAGUCAGAAACUGAAGGUCUUGGAAUGCCCAGCCCUGCAGGCGCAGUUUGCUUCGGACACCUUGGAUCGCAACAGAUUGGUGUCUCUCGUUGAGAACUUCGUGGCAGCAGUGCAAUCUGGACGGCACAAAGAGAUGGGCGAAGCUGGCGAGUCGAAACUGGCCUUAAUCGCCUUCACGCGCUUGGUGGCGCGAGAGGAGCCGACAAUUCAGGUGAAUGCGUGCUGCCCAGGUUACUGCCGGACUGACAUGUCCUCGAAUCGCGGUGGUCAGGACCCAAGCGUUGGGGCGCGCACGGUAGCGCUGUGUGCGCUGCUGUCGCCGAGCGCUCCCAGUGGUGCCUUCUUUGAGAACCAACAAAUCUCUGUCCAAGAUGCUGAAGCAAAAGAGACCGCAGAGGCCAAAGGUGAGGCAACAAGCAAAGCCAAGAGGCGGCCGGGGAACAGCUUGCUGAACUCCUGCUUGGGGGGCAGUUGGGAUGGAAAAACUGGAUAUAAGUAUGGCAAUCACCCCUGUAAGAUGCUCGCCCGUGCCGCCAAGCGUCGGCGCACGAGCCAACCAGAGCUGGACUACUAUCAGAUUCUGGGGCUACGCCGUGAUGCAAAGCACCAGGACAUCAUCCGGGCCUACCACCGGGAAGCGAAGCAAACCCACCCAGAUCGGCCUGGAGGCAGCAAAGAGGCGUUCCAAACCUUGGCCCAUGCUUACGAAGUGCUCGCUGACGAUGCGAAGCGACAAGCCUACAACGCCAGCAUAGUGGAGCGAGGCAGCUGUGAUGGGGCUGCGGCCACCCAUGAUCCAAAGCCAAGGUGUGAAAGGCACAUCUUGGCCGAGCAUCCUGAGGCCUUCGUGAAGCUUCUUCUUAGCUGCAAAAUGGCGCUGUGGGCGCGGCUGCUCAGAGGUUUGACAGGAGCGCAACUGCAGAAGCUUCUUGAUUGCUUGCACUUUGAGGAGAAUGGGCAGAGGUUAUUGACCCGCAGACAAGCUGGGGUGUCCUACUCUCAAGAUCUCCGGCGACCUUGCUAUUUGUAUGCAGGUGCGGGGAACAGCUUUUGGGCAGAGGUCCUCAUUCACGGCAUAUGUUUCGCCACCCCUCGUACUACGUCCAGGGCAGUGGCAGCCUACUACCAUUCCGCGGUAGUGGAGCUGAAGCGAUUGGUUCAAGAAGGCAUAUCGGCAAAUCCUUUCGGCAGUCUUGAAGAUGCAAUUAUCCGUGGGCUUUCAGGCCUGGACACCCAAGGCUUGACUUGCCCACUUUUGUUUUCUGUGCGUAUUACUAGUAGAAGGUUUGGAAAUAAGGAUUUCCGAAGCAGCACUGUGGAUGACAUCCAUGUGGCUCUGACGAUGAGACAAGAAUCAUACAAUGCUGCCAGCGCCAAAGCGUUGAAGAAGCUGAAGGAGAAAUGGGCGCAGAUGGCAGGUGACGGGGCUGAAAAGGCUCAGGGCUUAAGGCAAAAGACCGCAUCGCGGCUCGCAGGCUACAUCUUGGCGCAGCAAGAGGCCAGAAAAGACGCUCCUUUGGCCCGGGUUCGCAGAUCCUUCAAGCAGCCGGCAGAUGUCGUGGUCCAGGUUCCCUUUCUUGGUCAUUGGGCCUCAACGCUUGGACUUGGACCAGAUCAGCUCCGAAAUCGCCUCAGCUCAUUGGAGGGCCAACAAGCCCUAAAGGACUUCUUUGCACGGCAUCCUUUCGCACUUGAGGAUACGAAGUCCACCAAACUUCCCAGAGAAGUGUUCGGUUUCAUUGGCCUUGUGGAUCUUUGCCAGCUCUUGGUGCUGAACAAGGAGUACUGUGAAAUGGGGAAGGAGCAGAUCAAGACCAGAUGCCAGGGCACCUUCACCCCAUCUACCCAGGACUUUGGAAAUGAAUGUCAGCACCUCAUUGAAUUUGUGAACUGGGGAUUCCUACAGCAAACCCGCCUCAUUGAUUUGCGACACCUUCCGGCUGAAGCACGCAGUGAUUUCCUGUGGGCUGUGCUUUGUACAUUGGAAAAGCUGGAGCGUGUGCUAGUGACGCACGCGACGCAGGUUCCAUGUUUGAAGUCCAGGCAAUUUGCAGUGGAAGUCUCUUUGCUGGCCUCGGCCUGAUAGCCAAUGCCCAUGUCCUCUGAUGUCCUUUGGUUCCAAUGCCCCCUG